AUGGUUCGUACCAAGCAAACCGCUCGUAAAUCUACUGGUGGCAAGGCCCCACGAAAGCAGUCGGCUAUCAAGGCUGCUAGCAAAUCAGCACCGGCUACCGGUGGUAAAGUCGCUCUUCGUGAAAUCCGUCGUUACCAGAAGUCGACCGAGCUGCUCAUCCGCAAAUUGCCGUUCCAGCGCCUGGUCCGUGAAAUCGCUCAGGAUUUCAAGACCGAUCUGCGUUUCCAAUCGUCGGCUGUGAUGGCUCUCCAAGAGGCCUCUGAGGCAUACCUCGUCGGUCUCUUCGAAGACACCAACUUGUGCGCUAUCCACGCCAAGCGUGUCACCAUCAUGCCCAAGGACAUCCAGCUGGCUCGCCGUAUCCGCGGUGAACACCCGAGAGGAAUGUAUAUAAGGGAGGCGCGUGGGUCAGUGGGCAUCUCAUUCGUGAGUGCAACCGCUGUCAACGCAACAAUGUCCGGACGUGGAAAAGGAGGCAAGGGACUCGGCAAAGGAGGUGCCAAGCGCCAUCGCAAAGUUCUUCGCGACAACAUCCAAGGCAUCACCAAGCCAGCCAUCCGUUGUCUUACUCGCCGAGGUGGUCUGAUCUACGAGGAAACUCGUGGAGUUCUGAAGGUAUUCCUUGAGAACGUGAUCCGUGAUGCCGUCACAUACUGUGAGCACGCCAAGAGAAAGACCGUCACAGCCAUGGACGUCGUCUAUGCUCUGAAACGCCAAGGACGUACCCUCUACGGUUUCGGAGGAUAA